AUGACUUGUUACUCUGAGAGUUUCUCUAGUCUCCUGGAGUUUGAUCAUCCAGGAAUAGGGGAUGGAACUCGCUACCCGUCUCCGUGUGACUACCAGUUUGGAGUCAUCCCCCGAGCCACCGCCAACGUCCGAGAGAGGAAGCGAAUGAUGAGUAUCAACGGUGCCUUCGAAGAGCUUCGGUUGCACGUUCCUACUUUUCCUUUCGAGAAACGACUGUCCAAGAUCGACACCUUGCGUUUAGCGAUUGCCUACAUCGCUCUGCUGAGGGACAUCCUCAUGUCUGGCCAGGAUCCUUUGGCGUUUGUUGAGGCCAGCUUGAGGGGCAGUGAAGACAAUAAUUCAGAGUGGAAUACUAGUGAUCUGAUGUCCAGACUGUCCUGGGUUCGCUGGGAGAAUCUCGGAUCACGCAGAUUUGGUUCUUUCUCAACAACAGCUCAAGGACAGAUGCCCGCACCAUCGAUGGGAGAGUGA